GUUUGCUGGAAUUUCACCCGCGCCGACCGCCUCAUGGCCAGCCUCGAGCGCUUGCUGCAGACAACGACCGAUGACAUUGAGGCCGUCGAGGCGCACCUCGCGCGCAUGGACAUGGCCGAGAUCGAGGGUCUCGUGCGCGGCCUGCCUCGCCACGAGCACGACGACGCCGCCAUGGCCUUUGUCCGCCUCGUACUCGGCUGUCCGAUCGAGGGCCAGUCCCUGGCCUUGGCAGCGUACGAACAGACGGUGCCGCGUCGACGCUCCGUCGUCGAUUUGCUGCUGUCGAUGGUGCUCAAGAAGAAGUUGCACUACAAGUGGGUCAACGAGCUCUCGAUGGUCUUCAUGGUCCUCGUGGACGAGCUGCGGGACGACAAAGACACGACGUGCAGCGUCAUGAGCGAGAUCCAAAGCGUGCUCCAAGCCAUCGUCGCCUUGCUGCAUGCUGCGCUGACCAAUUUUUCAACCGUCGACGAGAGGAGCUUCCAGUCGAUCCUCGACAGCGUGCCGUACCUCGUCUCGCUCCUGCCACCGUCGUCCGACACCUCCCACCUCGUGGAACAGCUGCUUCAAUUACCGUGGGCUGCACCGACCUUGCACCUCGUACUGGGCUUUGCCCGCGGCUGCACGUUUCUGACUCGCGCACACCACCACACACUGCAGGCGCUCGUGCGAGCGACCAUGCCCUCUCUCUCGACCCAGCUCGCCUUAGGCUUCUGGGACGACUCGAUCCGGGCGUGCUACGAGCUCAGUGACGCGCACGACGACCAAACGUGGAUUCAACUGUCUCGCGACAUGCUGUCGUUUGCACCGCCGUCGCUGGAGCGGGACCUCGACUACCUUUUCGAGACGCUGUUUCAGUACUCGCCAGUCUACGUACAGCGCUUCCACAAGGUGCUGCGGUCGUCCAGCGCCGCGUGGACGCCGCUGGACGUGCUUGUCCUGCUGCAUGCGAUGCACGCGACCCAGCCGCUCUUCAAGCUCGCGAUUGCCAAGCCCGAGUCGGAGCACAAGCAACUCCAGAACACGCUGCAACGGCACUUGGAGGCGACCUUGGUCCUCGACCUUCGCCCGCUGCUGCGCUUCUCAAAGCACUGGAAAGCGCUCGUGCUGCUGGACGCUGCUGUGUCGUGGCUGCCGACGUCGGCCGUGAUCGCGCACCACACGUUUCUCGUCGUCUUCACCGACGUGCCCGAGCUCCGCACCGAGGUCGUCAAUGUGCUCCUCUCUUCGAUCCAUGCAACGGACCAAGCGCUGCAUGUUCUUGAGACACUCGCGAAAGACCAGACGCAGCUGCUCGCGAUGUGCGCGCCCCAACUCCAAGACCGGCUGGCCCACCUCUUUUCGACGUCGGUGCCCUGCGGCACGCGCCUGCUCCGUGCCCUUCUUCCGCUGACAGCCUCAUCGGCGUUUGAGAGCUUUGUGAUGAUCUUCCUUCGCAAGCAGCUCGUGGCGCCCGUGCUCGCCAACCAAAUGGCAGCCAUUUCCCUGUGGUGCGACCUCUUGCAGCGGCCGACGCUCUCGCCGCGGCAGCAAGAAGACAUCUUUACGUGCUUCCACGACGUGCUUCACAUGCAAAGCGCAGAGCUCAAGCGACAUCUGCUCGAACGACUCCCCGCGCUCCUUGCGACCACGUCGGUGGCGCCACCGGCUCACAUCGAGGCAGCGUGUCGGCGGAAUCUGCGCUACUUUGUCGACUUUACACCGCCCAGUACGCUCUCACUGCAGAGCGUUGUCGAUGCCGACGCGGCACCGGUCUUUGCGCUCUUGCUCGACGUGCUGCCGCGUCUGAGCGCCGAGGCCGCCGCCUAUGUCGACGCGCUUCGCCAUGCGCUGGGACAACGCGUCUCGAGUGCGCACUGCAUCGCCUACUUGACGCAGCCGCCGACGCAGUCGAGUGCUCUUCGCGCCGCCAUCUACGCCACGUGCUGCGAGGUCGCGGACCAUGGAAACGUCGCGCGGCUGCAGUGCACACUCCGCCGUGUGCACGGAUCACUGCCACAGAACCAGCUCCUUGGUGCCCUCGAAGCCUCGAGCUGCUGCCUUCAGCACACCAUGCUCGGUCUUGUGGCGCUCGAGAAGCAGGCGGCGCACUUGAGCGUCGACCAAGUCGCUGUCGCCGUGACGAGCACCGUGCGCUUGUACCCGGAGCUAGUCCAGGGCCAAGGCAGCAUCCCGCUUCUCCAUGACAACAAUGGUGACGACGAUGUGGAUCUGGUCGCGACGUGCCGCCUCAAGCCGCUGAAAUCGUACAAGCUCUCAGACGUCCUCGGCGCGAUCUUGCGGUUGUGGGUCGCACUCGCCAAGACCAAUGAGUACUUUGACUACACCGCGUUUCUUGCUACGUGGCACGUCGAUGCGUGGGAGCCGGUGCUCGCGGCCUUCCACGAGCAGCUCACGCACCUCUUGGGCGGGUCGUCGCACGUCUACCUCGCGCUCGUCCUCGUCGAGUGGCUCAAGCUUCUGCACGCGCAGCUGUCGCCAUCCAGCCAAGUUGACGCCGCCGACACCAUGUACCUCCUCCUCUGCGAGAACGCUAUUGCGUCGCCCAACCUUCUCCGAGCUGUCUUGAGUAUGGGCUUUCCCAGCAACGUCCCGCUCGAACGGCUCAUCGCAGUCCUCCGCGAAGCGCAAGCCCCGGACGCCGACGACCGCACCUCGACCGCGCCGACGGCCAAGCACAAGCGGCUGCGACCGGCCGUGACCCACCCACUCCUCGUCUCUGAGACGACGCGCGCGACCGCGUACGUGGUCGCGAUGAAGCACGUCGAGGGCGCGCUGCAGAGCUGGUACGCGGAGCUGAGUGCGAAUGGAUCGCCGUCCACGCCGUGGGCCAACGUGCACGCGAUGCUUUCAGAGGCGUUUGUGGCGCCGCGUCUCUCGUGGAAAGCGGCGGCCGGCGUCCUCGACAGCGUCCUUCGCGUCGGCAAGUGCGUUCUACCAGCGAUCCACGGCGGCUCGGCCAUCGUCGCCAUCAUCCGCGACCUUGUCGUGCUGCAAUUGGAGCUCAUUCAGGCGUGGCAGCUCUACGCCUCGGCGACGGUCGACAUGACCACCAAGAUGGACGUCUUCUUGCUCGAGGCAACCUCGACGCUUGGGUCCGCCCUUAAAAAGAAGCAUGCGCUGGCGCGCGACGACCGGGCGAUCAUCGAGGAGCUCACCCAGCGCAUCAUGCACCACGUGCAAGCCAUGUCCGAGAUGACCAAGAAGCAGACGACGCAGCUCCGGCAGCAAGCACAGGAGCUGCGGACCGCCACCAAGCAGCGACGGAAGCACCUACUGCGCAGUCGCCACGAGUACAUUGACGAGUGUCUCCGCGAAGAAGGCGGCGACGACGCCUUCGCCGACCUCGAAGACUUUAUUGCCUAACGUACAUGGCCAACGUCUGCCAUGCAAAGCGAUCGAGUACCACUGCGAGUAGAAGGCGAGCGAGCUACUUUAGCGAGGAUGGGCAUGCGUCGUGCGUCUGUCGGCGCGGCUAGCCGGUUCGUACAAGCCGUGCGGCGAGCGCAAAGGUUCGCCGCCUACGGUAAUCGUAUCGCACCGCUUGUG